AGACAAAGACAGCCAAGGACUUUCCCGGCUGAUGUCGUCGCCCUCUUUCACCACCAUUGCCCUUCAUUCGACGCGGUCCCUCGCCACCACACCAGGCCCGAACACUGUCCUCUAGAGCACUCGCCCAGCCUUCUUCUCAUCCACCCCCCACCGUGACGAGCUUCCGAAUCUUCGCGCUUCUUCCCACCUCCAUCUUUGCCCUUCCUCCCGGGCCCGACACCUCGCCAUUCUUUUGGCCCGAGAUCUGCUAAGCAAACAGGCCAAACACCUCGUCGCAUCACUUUUCCACGCGUUUUUCUCUUCCGGGCUUACCACCACGACUGUGGCAUCCUCUUGUGACCGCAUACAUUGGCCCCCCCUCGAACUGGCACGCACACACGCACAAGAAGGCAGACAGGCAGGCAGACGCGCUCGCGAGCCUCCCCAGCCGGCAAACGAAUCCCUCCUCGAGGCACUUGUGAGGCUGGCAUAGCGGCCAACGACGGGUGGCCACGAUGCCGCUCCUCAAACGAAAGCCCGUGGAGCUCGUCCCCCCACCAAAGGAGCAGGACUACGAUGCCGAGACGGCCGUCUUCUACCUCGAGGCCACCGGUGAGAUAUUCACAGAGUAUGAAGACUACUCGCAGCGCCUCUCCUUCUAUCGGCAACACAUCUUCCAGUGCGAGUUGUCGGGCAAGAUCAACAUGACCUACUUUGAGGCCGUCCGGUCGGAGCAACAGCAGUCGGCUGCCGUGCACAAGCAGUUUCCCGAAGCUCUCAAGGGGCCCAUCCUGCGCAGUGUCCAGUUCUUCGUGACCGGUCGCCUGGACAACCUGGUGGACCUUGUCUUUGACCGGUUCAAGAACCGCUUCUUCCCCAACGAGAAGCUCAUUGUCGACAUUGGAGGUGACAAAUGGCUUGCGAGGGUCAAGGGCGUGUUUCCGCAUCGCUCCUUGAUCAAGCACCACAACGAGGCCGAAGCGCAGGCGAGGCAGAUGGACGCAGAGGCGAGCAAGGUCAAGAAAGAGGCGACGAAGAUGGAAGUCGACGACGGCGACUCCACCUCGGAGCUCUCGGAUCUGCCCGAGGAGAAGGUCGAGGUGCCCAUCGAGGAGAUCAUCCACCGCAUCGGCACAGACCUCAACGUGGACAUCAAGGACGCCAACAGCAUCGACAAUCCAAACGACUACAUCUACACGAUUCAGCUGGAGGACCUGAACCAGUCGGGCGACUUCUCGAGCACACUGAUGGAGAGAAAGGCCGAUGCACUCAGCAGAGAUCGGCUCAGCUUCUCCAAGACGAUUCUGAAAAAGUACAUCAAGGAGUGCGUCGUGCGCGAUGCCAGUAUCGGCUCGCCCUGGAUCGUCCGGCAGGUCUUGGCCAAGCGGUACGGGAUCCCCCUCACGCCUUCGGACGCCGUGGUGCGCAAGAAUGAGCUGAUCAAGGAGGGCAAGCUCAGCAAGCGGAGAAAGAUCACCGACGACGACAACGAGGAAGGGCUUACGAAGUCUGGCAAGAAGCGGCGAAAGGCAAAGGUGCCAGGAGAUGCAGAGAGCGAAGAGGCAAAGGCAAAGGCACAGAAGGAAAAGGAGGAAGAGGAGGAGAAACGGAGGGCGGAAGAGAAACGAAAGAGGAAUAUCAAGUUUCCCAUCGAAGAUCUCCAGCUGGACCCCAUAUCGGAUCGCGAGCUCAAGGCGAGGGGCAAAGAUCAGGAGGAGCUGCCGAGGAGGAGAGAGAGACCGAUACCGUCCAAGGAACUUUCGGUGCCUGCCGAGAUUUUCGAGCCUCUGAUGAACUCCUACCACUUUCUCCAAGCCUGCGGCAAACCUCUGGCGCUAUCUCCCUUUACGCUCGAUGAUUUUGAGGCGGCAUUGCGCCAUACGACUUCGGAUCCGCCCUGCGCCCUCAUCGCUGAGGUACAUGCUGCCCUGAUCAAUGUCAUCGUGCGAGACGGCUCGCCCAAAAGAGAGUCACCCUCGCCCCCCGCCACAGGCAUCGCCACGCGCAACAAUCACCAUGCGGCCGCAUCUUCAUCGAAAGCAGCAGCCGUCUCCAAGCUCGAGUUCGACUCGGACGACAACGAGUCAGGGGAAGAGGACGAGAGCGAGGCAGAAGCCGACGAGCUCGACUCGCGAGCCAGCAGCGUAGCCGAUUCGACGGGCGAGUCAGAGCCUCCUGAGGCAGCAGUACCAGAGGCCGACAUGAACGAGAACGACGUCUUUGCUGCGGCGAGGAAAUACGGCAGGUCAUGGGACAAGAGGUCGCUCAAGCCCGACAAUUUUAGAGAAGGAUGGGAAUACAGCUUGUGCGGCGCUCUGAGCAAGCGCGGAGAGCCAGAGAGAUUCCCUCGCCUGGUCGCAAUCCUGUCGCACCUCACCGGCAUUGUGCAGCGUUCCGAAAAGGACGAGGGUGGCCACUACGUCGCCGAUUCCUACUCGACACCCGUGCAGCGGUAUCCGACGCUGGCAUUUGACGACAAGAUCCGCAUCCUCAUUUUCCUCUGCGACCAGGCCGUCAUGACCAAGCCCAUCAAGCGCUUCUUUGACGAUUGCGAGGUUGCACUGACGGAACUGCGAAAGGAGCGCGUGGAGCUCUCGAGGGCCAGAAAGAAGCUGUUUGAGGAGCGGACAAUCUUUGAAGAAGGCCAGAAGAAGGAGGAAGACGAGGAGGAAGGGGAUGCCAGCAAGCAAGACGGAGAAGAGGCAAAAGAGUCCGACGAGACGGGGAGCGAAGCCACGCCGGCAAAGCGGACAAAGGCCACGAAUGGCAGUGCGAAGAAGGCAGCGGCUGCCCAAAGCAACGGCGCGGACAACAGCGACGAAGCAGACGAGGAGGACGAGCUGCAGUCGUCAGCCGACGAGGACGAUGAGGAGGACGAAGAUCAUGUCGACGACGACGACGAUGACGACGACGAUGCCGAGUCGGACAGGUCGAGAUCCCAGGCGAGAAGCUCGAGGGCGACGACUCGCGAGGCUUCAUCCGAUGAGAUGCCGUCGCGUCGCAACUUUGGGUCGAGGCAGGAGGCACUACGAGAGAAGGCGAUGCAACGCGAGGCCGAAGAGGCGCAGAGAGCCGCGGACAGGCUAAAGGCAAAGGAGGAGCAGCGGUUACGCAUGGCCGAGAACAAGCAAAUCGCGACUGAGAGGCGGCGUCUCGAUGAGGAAGAGAUUCGGAUUCUGAGACGGGAAGAGGCCAUCGAUCGCGAGUUCCGCAAGUACAGCCAAGCGCCCAGAUUGCUACCGCUUGGCAAGGACCGCUUCCACGAUCGGUACUGGUGGUUCGACGGCGUGGGCGCCGCCUCGCUACUGGGGCCCGGUGGCGCGGUGACGUACAGCACGGGCAGGCUCUACGUCCAAGGCGUCAAUGCCGAGGAGUGGGCUGUCGUCUGCGCUUCGCACGAGAGAGGCACGCGCCAUCUCAACGAUCGGCGCAAGAAGGAGCACCAGGAGGAGGGCAUGCUCAAGUCCGAUGAAUGGGCUGUCUUUACCGAACCGGAGCAGAUCGACGAGCUGACGGCCUGGCUCCGCGCCAAGGGCAACCGUGAGAAUGCCCUCCGAAUUCAAUUGGCCAGGUUUAGGCCAUACCUCCAGCCGGGCAUGCGCCGAAGGUUGCACGACCUCGCCGGUGGCUGGCGAGACAACUUUGAGACGAGGAGAUCAGCACGCGCAAAGACAGAGGCGUCCAACGCCAUGCGGCUGCCCUACAUGAUGUACCGCAACACCAAGCAGUAGAAGAAGCAAGGCAAAGCAGAUUACUCACUCUUACUACUACCAUUACUACGACUAGAAGUUACUCUUAUUUCCCUCCUUGCUUUUCUCCAUCAUUUCUCUGUGUACUGUAGCAUUCUAGAGAGAAGGGACGAGGGUCCGAAGGAGAAGAAUGUAAAAAGCGACGGUGCCUGUACCGUAAAUGCCCCC